ACAAUAAGGAAAUCAAAGGUGAAAGUAAAGUUUCACAUCUGCCAUUUUAGCACACAAAAGGCACAUCGGAUUCAAUACAUGACUUUUGAUUAAGUACAUUAAAACUAGAUUUUCUUUCUCCUGCGUUAACCUAAAUUCAGAGAAUAGAUAGACUAGACAAAAAUGUCUAGACCACAAAGACUACGCUGAGUGUCCCGUAUCAGCCCUCAAUCAUGAGUUCCUCACAGGAAGAUGAGGGGGGCGUGGGAAGCAGCCCCCAGUCUGUGCAGUCAUCAGCAUCUCCAGCACGCAGCUAUCUGUCCAUGAAGAGUGGCCAGUCAAUGGGUCAGCCCAUUAAUUUCAGAGAUAGAGCUUUGGACGGAGAGUUUAGCCACCAGUCUGUGCAGUCAGCAGCAUCUCCAGCACACAGCUAUCUGUCCAUGAAGAGUGGCCAGUCAAUGGGUCAGCCCAUUAAUUUCAAAGAUAGAGCUUUGGACGGAGAGUUUAGUGCACUGACAGCCAGUCUGCUGGCAGAGGACCACUUCAGAUGCUCAGUGUGCACAGAGGUUCUCAACGAGCCAGUCUCCAUCCCCUGUGGACACAGUUUCUGCAGGCAAUGCAUUGAGACCUAUUGGAACAAACCAGCGAAUAAACAGGUCUACGACUGUCCCGGGUGCCAAUGUAGAUUCAGAACAUGUCCCCAUCUCUCCAGCAAUUCAGCCUUGGACAAAGUGAUCCGGAAACUCCGUCAGACAGGAUUCAAGGUCCCUGCACUUCCCCCUCACCGCUACGCUGGACCCGGAGAUGUGGCCUGUGAUCUCUGCACUGAGAAACAGCUCAAAGCUGUGAAGUUCUGUCUGACCUGCGCUGCCUCCUACUGUGAGAGCCACGUUAGGCAGCACUACACCGUAGCGGCACUGCAGAGACACACACUGGUGGAGGUGACUGGAAACCUGGAUCAAAAACUCUGCGAUGAAGAACAACAGACUGCAUUAAGGCUGGAAGCUAAAUUUGAACAGAUGAAUAAAGAGUUUGCUGAGGAAAAAACACACAAAAACAAACUGAUGCAGAAUGUAAAGAAUCCAACCACUGACUUAACCUGUUAUGCAAAGAGGUCAUCCAAAGAUUGGGCAAACGACUGUUUUGUGCUGGCUGCCCUUGGUCGCCCCCUAGACCUUGGGAUGAUGUAUGACUGCUGCAAUGAUAGUCUUUGCUCAGAUGUCGGUCUAUGGGAUGAGAGCACAAUAGCCAACAUGCGUCAGUCUCUGCCUCGGCCUCACAAAGAGGUGACGUGUAUUGAAGGAGACUCCCUACAGGACAGAUUCGGGGCUCUGGAUGUUUCCACUUCUCUCAGGGCCAGUGUCUUGUCUGGGCUGGUGAAGGUUGGUGGUGCUGCUGAAUACCUGAACCAUCCUGUUCAGUCCAAAAACACGGAGCGGGUCACUCUACAGUACAGAACCACUACCAGGCUGGACAUGCUCAGUCACAGGGUAUUUGAAGAGACCGUCAAAAGGGAAUCAAAGGCAACACACGUGGUGAUGGCUGUUCUCUAUGGAGCUCACGCAUUUUGUAUCUUUGACAAAUGUGUCAGUGGAGAGAAAAGGGCUGGUGGAGGAGAAGCCGAUAUGCACAGUGUUAUCAAGAAGAUGGCUUCCUCCUUCAGUGCAGAUCAUAUGUUAUCCAGCUUGAGUGACAAUGAGAAAAUAAACCGUUUGUUGUAUCAGUGUACACUCCACAGUGAUGUAGACCAUAUCAACGGCUCCAUGACUUAUGACCAAGCAGUACAAGCUCUUGAAACUCUCCCGAAGCACCUUGCACAACAGGGAGAGAAAGCAGUGCCUCUGUACGCAUGGCUCUAUCCUCUGAGGAAUCUGGACACUUCAAUUCAGAUCACUCAAGGCUUUCUCUCCGAGGCCGAGGACGUGGUGGAGCAUCUGAGGCAGGUCACCAUGAGAUGCCAGGACACAAUGACAUUAUUACACGUCAACGAUGAUGUGAUGAAAUGGUUCCCCAGUGUGAAAGAAAAAUUUGCAGAAUUUUCUGAGCUGCUGCAGAUGUACCAGUCCGAGUUUAAGAGAGGGCUGGCUGUGGCAGUAAAGACCGUGAGAGAGAGUGAAGAGAUGGAUGAAAAGAGCCUGAGAGACAUUCUCCAGAACCAUGACCAAUCACCAUUCUGUUCUCAGCACACACAUCAGUGGGUUAGCAACAAAGAGGAGGAGAUAAAGGCUCUGCUUAUCUGCAAAGAAAAAAACAUCCACAUUUUAAAGGUCCAGGAGAAACCAAACAACAUCCCCACGGGGAAGAAGGUCCAGGAGGAACCAAACAACAUCCCCACGGGGAAGAAGGUCCAGGAGGAAGCAAACAACAUCCCCACGGGGAAGAAGGUCCAGGAGGAAGCAAACAACAUCCCCACGGGGAAGAAGGUCCAGGAGGAAGCAAACAACAUCCCCACGGGGAAGAAGGUCCAGGAGGAAGCAAACAACAUCCCCACGGGGAAGAAGGUCCAGGAGGAACCAAACAACAUCCCCACGGGGAAGAAGGUCCAGGAGGAAGCAAACAACAUCCCCACGGGGAAGAAGGUCCAGGAGGAAGCAAACAACAUCCCCAUGGGGAAGAAGGUCCAGGAGGAAGCAAACAACAUCCCCACGGGGAAGAAGGUCCAGGAGGAAGCAAACAACAUCCCCACGGGGAAGAAGGUCCAGGAGAAAGCAAACAACAUCCCCACAUGGAGGGAGGUGCUGACCCCAAACAGGACGCUGUGCUUCACGCUCACCUCACUGAGGGGUGAAGAUCCAUACCUUUCCACCAUGAAGCAAUACAUACAUUCUGCACUAGAGACCACCACAAACCAAUCAGGGAUCACCAGACAGCAGCAGACACAUCAUGCCUUCAAGCCUCCAGAUUUAACUGAAAAAAUACAGUCUGACCUCCACGUGUUCACCACAUCCUAUGAAGACAGAAGAGAUGGAGAGAAAUUCAAUUUUCUUGUUGCAGUUAUACCUGAUGUCACCUUUCCUGGAUCCUGCAUUGGUCUUUAUCAAAAUGGUCGUCUUAUAGGCCGCAAUUUCAAGCUUGGAUCAAAGCCAAAUCCAGCCGAAGUAACAGAGAUAAAACAGACCAGCUUCCGUCUGAAAUUUCCUCAGUCAAAGGUCAUGAGUCCUGUGAAGUACAGAAUAGAGUAUAAAGCAGAAAGUGAUGUUCAAUGGACUGUUGGAUAUUUACCACCUGGUCCUGGAUCUGUGGGUCCUGACCAGUGUAACACUUGUAGGUUGCCCGGUUUGAAACCUGACACUAAAUACCAGGUUAGAUACAGUGCCGUGGACAGCUCUAGUAUGAGUGACUUCAGCACGGUCACCAUGGUAAAGACAAACCCAAGGUCCACACCUGGACAGCCCUGUGUGAAACUGCUGGACGGAGAAAAGGUCAGAGUCACAUGGCAGAUGGAGGAAGAGGAAGAUGGCGGUCCCGUGCUACGUUAUGCCGUGGAGUUCAAAGAGGCAGGGCUUGAAGGCUGGUCCAGUGUGUCAACAACAGGGCCUGAACGUACAUGCACCUUAUCUCAGACCUCCAGUACUUGCUACCGUGUCAGAGUCUCUGCAGUCUAUGGAGAGGGGGACACAAGUAAACCCAGCACAGAAACAGACAUCCCUGUAAAUGUCUGGUCCAUAGACCUCUCACAAAGGAAAGCCUCCUUCCUCCUAGAAGUGCUGAAACCAGAGAAGAAACCAGUGGAGCUGAAGGGCUGGUCAGAUGACGAGAGUGAAGUGAGGAGUUUCCUUCAGUGUCUGCCCUACAUCUCACAGCUGAGGUUCGUGAACAACGACAACAACGCAGGCGUUAUCCAGUUUGUGCUCAAUCUGAGUGUCGCAGCAGCAGACCACGAUGCAAGGACAGGAUGGAAUUGUUCGAAGUUCCUAUCCCUGGUAUGGAGCUACAGCUCCUUCCCAUUCAAUGAAGAUGUUCAUCCUUCAGAUCAAUGUCACUUCCUUCUGGAUCUUUACUCGUGUGCAAUGGCAUCUGGGAUUAAAAAGGCCAGGAGUCUCAUUCCAUUACUUCGGCCAGUUUACCAGUCAGCUCCAGCAGUCUGGUACGUGAAUCUGGCUGGAAGAAAGGCCUCCGUCUUCCUCAAAGUUCUGAAACUCCAACCAGUGAAAAGGCCAAUGCAGGUGAAAUGUUGGUCAGAUAAAGAAAGUGAAGUGAGGCGUUUCUUUCAGUGUUUGCCCUACGUCUCACAGCUGAGUUUUAACGACAACAAUCUUGUAUACUUCCUACGGAAAAAUGGAGAGCAGGCCGAGCAUUUUGCCGCUCUCUUCCAAGCUCAUGGCUUCACCCUGUCAUUGGGAGGAGAGUUAUCCAGGCAAACCUGCACUUCUGUGGGGAGAAUCUUGGCCCUCUGUGCCUCAGGAGUGAAACUCGGUCUCACACCCAGCAAGAUUUCUCUCGGAGGAGCUUCGAUUCUCUUCAGACAUCCGUUGAUGCUACACAACCUCAUACUAAAUGAGAUCAUGACAGUGAAACUGACCAGACUGCUUGCGACUGGUAGAGUCAGUGCUCCAAUGGGGGUUGAGGAGAUUUCGCUGGUUAUUGAGAACUCACAACUAUCGGAGGAUGUGCUUUCUAGGGUCCUGAGUAGUGUGGCGUCCCUGCUGAGAGUCUGGACUGUGCAGCGUCUGGACCUGACGAAGUGUACUAUCCACGGUCACUCUCUCAUCCUGUUGCUGGGUUACCGGGGACCUCUGAAACUCAAACUGUGUCCGGACACUCUGCAGCAGCUGGCUGGAGUUGUGCAUGAAGCUCGGGACAAGGACCUGACUCAUUCAUUCUUAAAGAAAGUUGGUGGAGACCUGACCUCCUGCAGGCUGGACUGGGAAGUGCUUAUUUCUCUGCUGCAGUAUUCAAACCACAAAAUCACUGUGAAUCUCAGAGAGAACAGGCUUUCAGUGAGAAACAUCACAGGUCUUCGUCCCUUUCUAGGCAGGAUUACUUUAAAGAGUGUUGAGAGGAAACUGCUGCUGCUGUUCCUCCACUGCUACUCUGCCUCAAAGAUCCAGCCAGGGGCAACAGCCCUGCUUGGGGCUCUGCAGCAUAGACUGGACUUCUCCUCCUCUGUGGACUUGUCAACAAAGGACCAGGGGAAGCCUCUGUGUCUGAGCUCUGCUGACUGCAAGGUCAUCGCCAGAGUCCUGAAGCAGAGCCGUUACGUCACAGAGCUGAUCCUAAGCGAUUGUGAGAUUUCAGACAGAGCACUCAGGAAGCUGCUGAUGAAAAUCCCAUGCAGAGUUAAUCUCAGCCCCAGUAAAGCCAUAUUGGUUCAACUUGUACAAACUUGUAACAAGAAUAAUGCAGUGCGUCAUGCAGGAUCCCUGGUCAGAGCCCUGCGCGGGGAGAUGGACCUCAGUGAGACCAUGCUGGAUCAGAAGGCCUGUCAUUCUCUGGCCCUGGUUCUGGAGUAUUCAAAGGGGCUAUCAGAACUGGACCUCAGCCGCUGCCAACUCACAGACCACCACCUACAGCCUCUGCUCGCACACCUGCACAAAGUCCAAGUCCUGGAUCUAAGUCAUAAUGCAAUUUCCAACGGUUUGAGUAAGAAAAUACUGAAAGCUGUCUCCACCAGUAAAGGCCACAUAGUUUGGCUCACAAACAACAGAGUGAAAGCCAAACCACUGUCCCAGUCGACGUACGUCGUUAACAUGACAGAAUCUUUCUCCAUGUAAUCUUGCACACACACGUUUGUGGGGAAAAUUGUCAUUCAUACCAAUAUUCAUAAAAUGUUGGAGGGCAGUUUUAUUAUUGAGAACUAUGUAAAGAGACUUUCCCGGAGGAUUGUCCUACUUUUUAGUGAGUUGUUCUGAAAGUAGUGCCCAGGAGACAAAAUGGAUCCCCAAAAAUGUAUACUAUGUCAUAUACAAUGUUAGAAAACCUCGUCAUUCAAGGUUUUAUUUAUUUUUUGUACUAUUUCCUACAUUGUAGAAUAAUAGUGAAGACAUCAAAACUAUGAAAUGGCACAUAUGGAAUCAUGUAGUAACCAACAAAGUGUUAAACAAAUCAAAAUAUAUUUGAUAUAUUUUAUAUAUGAUUCUUCAAAUAGUCACCAUUUGCCUUGAUGACAGCUUCGCACACUCUUGGCAUUCUUUCAACCAGCUUCACCUGGAAUGCUUUUCCAACAAUCUUGAAGUAGUUCCCACAUUCUGUAUGCUGAGCACUUGUUGGAUGCUUUCCCUUCACUGAGGUCUGACUCAUCCCAAACCAUCUCAAUUUGGUGGAGGCCAGGUCAUCUGAUGCAGCACUCCAUCAACCUCCUUCUUGGUAAAAUAGCCCUUACACAGCCUGGAGGUGUAUUGGGUCAUUGUCCUGUUGAAAAACAAAUGAUAGUCCCACUAAGCCCAAACCAGAUGGGAUGGCGUAUCGCUGCAGAAUGAUGUGGGAGCCAUGCUGGUAAAGAGUGCCUUCAAUGCUAAAUAAAUCACAGACAGUGUCACCAGCAAAACACCUCUGCACCAACACGCCUCCUCCUCCUUGCUUCAUGGUGGGAACCACACAUGCGGAGAUCAUCCGUUCACCCACACUGCGUCUCACAAAGACACGGCGGUUGGAAUCAAAAGUCUCACAUUUGAACUUCAGACCAAAGGACAGAGUUCCACCAGUCUAAUGUCCAUUGCUCGUGUUUCUUGGCCCAAGCAAGUCUCUUCUUAUUAUUAGUGUUCUUUAGUAUUGGUUUCUUUAUAGCAAUUAGACCAUGAAGGCCUGAUUCACACAGUCUCCUCUGAACAGUUGUGGUUGAGAUGUGUCUGUUACUUGAACUCUGUGAAUCAUUUAUUUGGGAUGCAAUUUCAGAGGCUAGUAACACUACUGAACCUAUCCUCUGCAGCAGAGGUAACUCUGGGUCUUCCUUUCCUGUGGCGGGUCCUCAUGAGAGACAGAUUCAUCAUAGCGCUUGGUGGUUUUUGUGACUGCACUUGAAGAAACUUUAAAAGUUCUUGACAUUUUCCGUAUUGACUGACCUUCAUGUCUUAAAGUAAUGAUGGACUGUCGUUUGUCUUUGCUUACUUGAGCUGUUCUUGCCAUAAUAUGUAUUUGGUCUUUUACCAAAUAGGCCUAUCUUCUGUAUACCUGUAAUGGCUGUUGGUGGAAGAAGGUGAGGACUCAGGUGCAGCGUGGUACGUGUUCAUAUUUCCUUUAAUUAACUGAACACUAAAUACAAAAGAACAAGAGAAUAAAUGAAAACCGAAACAGUCCCAUAUGGUGCAAACACUGAAAUGGAAAACAACUACCCACAACCCAUAGUGGGAAAACAGGCUGCCUAAGUAUGAUUCUCAAUCAGAGACAACGAUUGACAGCUGCCUCUGAUUGGGAACCAUACCAGGCGAAACACAUAGAAAUAUAACAGAACAAAACAGAAUGCCCACCCCAACUCACGCCCUGACCAAACUAAAACAGAGACAUAAAAAAGGAACUAAGGUCAGGACGUGACAAUACCACCCCUACCUUGUCACAAGACAACUGAUUGGCUCAAACGCACUAAGAAGGAAAGAAAUUCAACAAAUUAACUUUUUAGAAGGCUCACCUGUUAAUUGAAAUGCAUUCCAGGUGACAACCUCAUGAAGCUGGUUGAGAGAAUGACAAGAGUGUGCAAAGCUGUCAUCAAGGCAAAGGGUGGCUAUUUGAAGAAUCUCAAAUAUAAAAUAUAUUUUGAUUUGUUUAUUAACACUUUUUUUUUUUUGGUUGCUACAUGAUUCCAUAUUUGUUAUUUCAUAGUUUUGAUGUCUUCACUAUUAUUAGCUGUUAGAUAUUGCUGCACUGCCGGAACUAGAAGCACAAGCAUUUCGCUUCACUCGCAAUAACAUCUGCUAAUAUAAUUUUAUUUUAUAAAAAAAAACACAUUUUUAUCAAGAAAUACAAACUACCGAUCAAAAGUUUUAGAAUACCUACUCAUUCAAGGGUUUUUCUUUAUUUUGACUAGAAAAUAGUCAAAAUAAAGAAAAACCCUUGAAUGAGUAGGUAUUCUAAAACGUUGUGUAGGUAUGCUAAUACAACUGCACACAAAUCUAAGUAAAGGAACAGAAUAAGAAUAUAUACAUAUAAAUAAAUGGAUGAGCAAUGACUGAACAGCAUACGCAAGACUCAAUAGAUGGUAUAAAAUACAGUAUAUGCAUAUGAGAUGAGAAAUGCAAGAUAUGUAAACAUUAUUAAAGUGACUAGUAAUCCAUUUAUUCAAGUGGCCAAUGAUUUCAAGUCUGUAAGUAGGUAGUAGCCUCUGUGUUAGUGGUGGCUGUUUUAACAGUCUGAUGGCCUUGAGAUUCUUUGAAACUCUGCCUAGAAAGCCAGCAUCCCGGAGUCGCCUCUUCACUGUUGAUGUUGAGACUGGUGUUUUUUGUGGGUACUAUUUAAUGAAGCUGCCAGUUGAGGACUUUUGAGGCGUCUGUUUCUCAAACUAGAUAAGCUAAUGUACUUGUCCUCUUGCUCUGUUGUUCACCGGGGCCUCCCACCCCUCUUUCUAUUCUAGUUAGAGAGAGUUUGCGCUGUUCUGUGAAGGGAGUAGUACACAGCGUUGUACCAGAUCUUCAGUUUCUUGGCAACUUCUCGCAUGGAAUAGCUUUCAUUUCUCAGAACAAGAAUAGACUGACGAGUUUCAGAAGAAAGUUCUUUGAUUCUGGCCAUUUUGAGCCUGUAAUUGAACCCACAAAUGCUGAUGCUCCAGAUACUCAACUAGACUAAAGAAGGUUAGUUUUAUUGCUUCUUUAAUCUGAACAACAGUUUUCAGCUGUGCUAACAUAAUUUCAAAAAGGUUUUCUAAUGAUCAAUUAGCCUUUUAAAAUGAUAAACUUGGAUUAUCUAACACAACGUGCCAUUGAAACACAGGAGUGAUGGUUGCUGAUAAUGGGUCUCUGUACACCUAUGUAGAUAUUCCAUAAAAAAUCUGUUUCCAUCUACACUUGUAAUUUACAACAAUGUCUACACUCACAUUUCUGAUCAAUUUGUUAUUUUAAUGGACAAAAAAAUGUGUUUUUCUUUCAAAAACAUGGACAUUUCUAAGUGACCCCAAACUUUUGAACGGUAGUGUAUAUGUAUAUAUUUUCUUAAUCGAUUCCUUACUUAGAUUUACGUGUAUUUUGGGUAUAUGUUGUGAAACUGUUAGAUAUUACUGCACUGUCGGAGCUAGAAACACAAGCAUUUUGCUGCACUCGCAGUAACAUCUGCUAAAAACGUGUAUGUGACUAAUAAAAUGUGAUUUUUAGAGCGUUGGUAACUGUACUGCUAACAACAAA